AUGGCCAAAAAGCAUGUACUGGUUUUAACCAUCCUAUGCCUGGUCUCGAUAUUUUUCGAAACUGUGCAGAGUUCCACGGAAUAUAAUCGCUAUUUGGCCCAGAUAUUCCAAAAAUACGGCAACGGCGGGACAAUCAACUUUGAGGGUCUUGAGCAUUUGAUGUUCAGCUUGAACCUGGGUCAAAUCCAAUUCGAUCCCUCGCACACCAUCGAUCAGCAUCGACCCCAAGGAUACUCCAACGAGAUUACCCACACCACAAACGUCACAAAUUAUUUCGAGCCGACACGAGUUAAUGCCACCGAUGAGGAAACUCUGGAGGUGGAAAUCUCUACGCCAUCCAGUAAUCUCUCAAAGCCAGAGAAAGGCCCUGAAGUUCCGGAAUUCCUGGAAAUUCACGACCCCAAGCAUCGGCACCCAAGGGAGAGCUCUGACCCUGUUGCAAACUGUUUGUCCCCAAAGUCACUGCUUUCCUUGCUCGUGGACCACAAUGAUCUCCACAAAAACAUUGCCUACCACAAGUUGAUCAAAAAGGAUGGCGUCGGUUCAACAGAUACGAUUCACAACUCAGAGGAGGAAUAUAACGAGUUCAUCAACUCGGUGAGGAUUACACCGCGAGCCUUUAUGAAACUCUGUCCAGCUUUAUUGGCUCAAAUCGAUAAUGGAGUUUGCAAGCAAAAAGCACCUCGACCAGAGAAUCUUAACGAGAAGAAUCAAAAGAUUUGGAACGCUUGGAUCUAUGCCAGCGUCACCAUGCUGAUUCUCUCUGCUUGUGGUUUGCUGGGAAUUCUUCUGGUUCCUCUGAUGAAGACAGCUGCGUACCAAGAAAUCCUCAAGUUCCUAGUGGCUAUUGCCGUGGGCACUUUAGCCGGUGAUGCCCUGAUGCACUUGCUCCCCCACGCUCUGUUUAAGGAAGAGAAGCAUGAGGAGGAGGUGACUGGUAUAAAUCCCUUGGAAUCGGAUCACAAACAUAGCAAUGAGGCUGCCCUGAUUUGUGGCUGCUCCUUCUUGGCGGCUCUUUUCAUGUACAUGUUGGAGAAUCUAAUUCCCUUGCUAAAGGGAGGCAAAACAGGUCAUGGACAUAGCCACGGACAUGGUCACAGUCACGGCCACAGUCACAGUCACAUGGAGAAGCCAGUUCCGCAGGAUACUCUGGAUCUUCCAGCUCCUCGAGAACUCAAUGUAAUGCUACAGGAGGCCAAGUUAGACGAGAAGACACCGGAUCGUCCACUCACUCCAGUGGCCUUUAUGGUAAUCAUCGGUGAUGGUCUGCACAAUCUUACCGAUGGCCUGGCCAUCGGUGCAGCUUUUGCCAGUGAUCCGGUCACUGGGUUUGCCACCGCUUUCGCUGUCCUCUGCCAUGAGUUGCCCCACGAGCUGGGGGACUUCGCUCUGCUCCUGCAAACCGGUGUCUCCAUGCGAAGAGCCGUCUACAUGAACAUUGUAAGCUCCGUUCUUAGCUUUGUGGGCAUGUCUGUUGGCCUUUUUGUUGCCGGAAUCGGUGAUAAUAUGACGCAAUGGAUUUAUGCAGCCACCGCUGGUUCCUUCCUGUACAUCGCCUUUGCCGAUCUGGUGCCCACGAUGAGUGUGGCCCACAAUCCGGAGAUGGCCAAAGAUCCAAAGGGUAUUAUCAUACAAAUUCUUGGUAUCCUCUUGGGUGGACUGAUAAUGCUGGCUAUUGCCCUGAAUGAGCACGAUUUGGAGGGUCUGUUCAAGAGCUUUUAAAAAAGACCUCUGAAUCUCAAACAGAUAUGUUGAUUUCUUUUUCUUAUUGUAGAUAGUAGCCUAAGCCUGUUUCUUUCGAAUCUCCGAUUCUCUGCCUUUACUAAAUGUUGAAAUCGUUACCAAAUGUAAAAGUCUGUUGUCAGCUAAAUGUAUGCAUGAUUUAAACAGAACAUUUCUUAGUGUUAUAGAAAUCUGAAAUAUGUCAAAGGUUUUCUAAGAGCCAAUUCAAAAAAUGAACUGUUUUCGCUCAAAAAGAAUUUU